UCCACUCUUUUGGGAAGGCGCUACAUUGCUUUGGUAAAAUGUCGGUUCGUUCUUCCAGGGUAUCAAGCCAAAAGGUUGUUGGUGGUAGCAGUAGCGGCUAUUCCUCUCGUAGAAGCGGCGCUAGUGUAAAUUUUGGCGGUGGGUCUUGUGGAAACCAGAAUUGGUAUAAUGCCCAAGGAGGUGGUCCUGGUUUUAACGUUGGUGGUGGCCAAGACAUGGCUUAUGGUGGAGGAGGUUUUGGUGGCGUUGUAGGAGGAGGUUAUGGUGGUAAUGCAGGUGGAGGUUGGGGUGGCGCAGGUGGAGCUUUUGGUGGUGGUGCAGGUGGAGCUUUUGGUGGUGGUGCAGGUGGGGGUUUUGAUCAAUUUGGUGGUGGCUUUUAUGGAGGAGGAGGAGGAGGAGGAGGAGGAGAUGGUGCAUUUGGUGGAAGAGAGGGCCUUUUUUCUGCAAGUGAAAAAGAAACAAUGCGAAACCUAAAUGAUCGCUUGGCGGCAUACCUGGACAAAGUGCGUGCUCUGGAAGCGGCAAAUGCUGACCUUGAAGCAAAAAUUAAGGAAUGGUACGAGAAGAAUCGUCCAGGAACCACUACAUUAGAGAAAAAUGACUAUAGUAAAUACUUUGAAACUAUUAAAGAACUUCAAACCCAGAUUCAAACGGUAACUGUUGAAAAUGCCACUGUUAUUCUGGAAAUUGACAAUGCCAGGCUGGCAGCCGAUGACUUCAGGAUUAAGUGGGAGAAUGAACUGCAUCUGCGCCAGAAUGUAGAGGCGGAUAUUAAUGGACUUCGCAAGGUCCUUGAUGAGCUGACUCUGACCAACAGUGACUUGGAGUCACAGGUUGAAAGCCUGACCGAGGAGUUGGAUUAUCUCAAGAAGAAUCAUGAGGAGGAAAUGAAGUCUCAGCAGACCACCACGGUUGGCGACGUCAACGUCGAGAUGGAUGCCGCUCCUGGGAAAGACCUCACACAGAUUCUCAAUGAAAUGAGAGCGGACUACGAAGCCAUUGCUGAGAGGAACCGCCGCGCAGUAGAGGACGACUUUAAGAAAAGGAGUGAAAAUGUAAAACAGGAGAUUACGACAGGCGUGCAAACAAUUCAGACCUCCAAAACAGAGGUUACUGAUCUGAAGAGGGAACUCCAGCAACUAGAAAUGGAGCUAACGUCUCAGUACGCCAUGAAAAAAUCUUUGGAGGAGCAGUUGGCAUCAACCGAAGGAAACUACUGCAUGCAAUUAUCACAACUCCAGAACCAAAUCAGUAUUUUAGAAGAGGAGCUGGCAUCGCUGAAGAAUGAGGUCGAGUGUCACAAAUCAGAAUACGAGCUGCUUCUGGAAAUCAAGACCCGUCUGGAGCAAGAAAUAGAGAAAUACAAGCAGCUACUGGAAGGAGGGGAUUCUCAGAUCAGCGUUGGAACUGGGACAGGAGCCGGAACAGGAUCCCGGUCACAAACCGGCAGUUCCAGUACUCAAGGCACAAGAUCAGGAAGUAGCACAAGCCAAACUUCAACACGAGUCUCAAGCGCCCCCACCCAAUCUCCCAGGAGCUACACAACUCAAAGCCCAAGAACCGGUAAAAUCUAGGAAGAUUAAGAUAAUCAAAGAAACAAUCAUUGAUGGGAAAACCAUAGCCACCGAGAUAGAGGAAAGCGAAGAAUUGCUUGAUUAAGAAUGCACAAUGCAAUGGAAGAAGCAUGGGAAAAUAUAUUACGUCUUUUAGCUGCCUGCUAUUGGUACUAGGGGUUUUUUUUUUCUCUUCCUUUUGGUGGAUAUAAACUUUAUGUAUAACUAAAAAAAUAUAUCUUUUGCAAUUCAAUAAACCUUUUCUGAUGCAUGUUCAAAAAAGACUAAUCAUUGACAAGGUUGUUUCAUGGUUCAAAACAUGGCAUUUAAGAUUACGUAUCUCACUCUGUCAUAAUGACCCAGUUAUAAUAUUUAAAACCAUUUUAAAAUAUUCUGAAAUUGAAAUACUUUGGCUA